CCAGUCUCUCCUGGAGCGCUGGGGACUGGGGAGGGGGGGAGGAACCAAGACCCAAGCACUGACCUUAAAUUCACCUCCCCUUUCCAACCUCGCGCCGCGGGAACCCAUCUUUUUCCACUCUCCGCCUCUGCAUCUGUCUCCGACAACCCAUAACCAUCCAUCAACCUCCUGCUCUUGACGAUCCGGGAAUCGCGCAAGCUGAUUAUUGACUUUUCACCUUCAAACUUUUUCGUCUACAAGCAAAUAAUCUAUCAAAAUGGAGGAAGAAGUUGCUGCCCUCGUUAUCGACAAUGGCUCCGGCAUGUGCAAGGCCGGUUUCGCCGGUGAUGAUGCUCCUCGUGCCGUUUUCCCUUCCAUUGUCGGUCGCCCCCGUCACCAUGGUAUUAUGAUUGGUAUGGGUCAAAAAGACUCGUACGUUGGUGAUGAGGCCCAGUCCAAGCGUGGUAUCCUCACGCUUCGCUACCCUAUCGAGCACGGUGUCGUCACCAACUGGGACGAUAUGGAGAAGAUCUGGCAUCACACCUUCUACAACGAGCUCCGCGUUGCCCCCGAGGAGCACCCCGUCCUCUUGACCGAGGCUCCCAUCAACCCCAAGAGCAACCGUGAGAAGAUGACACAGAUCGUUUUCGAGACGUUCAACGCCCCCGCCUUCUACGUCUCCAUCCAGGCCGUCCUUUCCCUGUACGCCUCCGGUCGCACCACCGGUAUCGUGCUCGACUCUGGUGAUGGUGUCACCCACGUCGUCCCCAUCUACGAGGGUUUCUCCCUUCCCCACGCUAUUGCCCGUGUCGACAUGGCCGGCCGUGAUUUGACCGACUACCUGAUGAAGAUCCUCGCCGAGCGUGGUUAUACUUUCUCCACCACGGCCGAGCGUGAAAUCGUCCGUGACAUCAAGGAGAAGCUCUGCUACGUUGCUCUCGACUUUGAGCAGGAGAUCCAGACUGCUGCUCAGAGUUCCAGUCUGGAGAAGUCGUAUGAGCUUCCCGACGGCCAGGUCAUUACAAUUGGCAACGAACGUUUCCGCGCCCCCGAGGCCCUCUUCCAGCCUUCCGUCCUUGGCCUGGAGUCUGGCGGUAUCCACGUCACCACUUUCAACUCCAUCAUGAAGUGCGACGUCGAUGUCAGAAAGGACCUCUACGGCAACAUCGUCAUGUCUGGUGGUACCACCAUGUACCCUGGUCUCUCCGAUCGUAUGCAGAAGGAGAUCACUGCUCUUGCUCCUUCUUCCAUGAAGGUCAAGAUCAUUGCUCCUCCCGAGCGCAAGUACUCCGUCUGGAUCGGUGGUUCCAUUUUGGCCUCUCUCUCCACCUUCCAGCAGAUGUGGAUCUCAAAGCAGGAGUACGACGAGAGCGGUCCCUCGAUCGUUCACCGCAAGUGCUUCUAAGGUAUUUUCUCCUCAAUUCCCCUCUUAACGGGCUGAUGACUGACCGCCUCAUAGCAUAGGGUGUGGCAGCUUCCCGGAUCGUCGCCAGGCAGCGGUGACCUUUUGCUCUACUAGAGACCCCAGCGGCGGCAGCGGCAUGAGGCAUUACUAUGGCGUCGGGCUUGUAUCUCGUGGACGAGACUCCUAUUUACAAAAAGUUUGGACGCUGGUCAGGGGACGGUGGGCGUCUGUUCUCGGACGACACGGUAAUUAUCAGUCUCUGUGUUUCCUGGGCGGGCGGGUACGAUUGUGCGGGGGCAGCGCGUGGUACAAGUAGACCGUAAAGGUUGAUGAAGCACUUUUUUUUACUUUUUUUAUUGCACUAGCCAUUGGGUGAAUUUAGUUGUUUUUUUUCCGCUAUCCUGUGGCUGUCUGUGUAAGAAGACG